GGCCUAUUCUUCUAGUCCAAUAUUAAAGAAAUAAAAUUAAAAUUAAAUCUCCAUUUCUCCUCCAUCUCUCUGUCGCCGCGAAAUUGCCGCCGCCGUGACCUCCACCUUUGCCACCUUCCUUCUAUGUCUAGUUAUUGUCUUCUCCCUUCUCCAACUCCAUCAAUUUGCAGCUCAAGUUCAAGCAAGAAAUUCAUUCGCUUAAUAUUACUGUGAACCAAGCUGUUAGAAUUAUGAUGACACGAAGAAGCAUUAUAUGUUCGAUAAGGUGAUAAAUUGUGGAAGUUGUGAGUUUGUCUCUUGACUGAAUAAAAUGGAAAUGCAGUUAUGUUUGGAGAAAAUAAAUGUCAGUCUCUGUGGUGUAAAAGACCCGAGCUCAAGCUACAAAGGAAGGAAUAAGGUUCAAGAGUGAGAGAAUAAGUAAAUCGAAGUUGUUGGGCAUGCAAAGACGACUACCCGUCUGUAAGGGUGGGAUUUCUUUAGACUAUCUGUCAAGGUCAAGUGGCAUCCUCUUCCAUUGUUAUAGUGUGAGCUGCACUAGAAAUUUGGGUUAUGGCAAUAAUGAAAGAACCAGAGAGAUUGAUGUUGAGGGGCUAUUUAGAGCUUGCACAAAACCUGAGGAUAUCAAGCACCUUCAUGCUCUCCUUACUGUAUCAGGGAAAGCUAAAAGCUCAUUUGUCGCCACCAGGCUUAUCAAUAUGCAUUCCUAUUUUGGCAAUGUUUCCUUGUCUCGGUGUACUUUUGAUCAAGUCCGAGACAAGGAUUCUUACACUUGGAACUCAAUGAUAUCAGCUUAUGUCCGAAACCGCCAGUCCAGUAAAGCAGUGAAAUGUGCAUUUGAGAUGUUGUCAAGAACUGAUGUUAGACCUGAUUUUCAUACUUUCCCCCCUGUGUUGAAAGCUUGUAGUGCUUUAAUUGAUGGGACAAGCUUGCAUUGCUGUAUUUUGAAAUCAGGGUUGGAAUGGGAUGUGUUUGUGGCUUCUUCCUUGGUGCAUAUGUAUUGCCGUUUUGAAUUUGCUGGUAAAGCAUAUACAAUUUUCAAGGACAUGCCAUUUCGUGAUACAGGAUGUUGGAAUUCUAUGAUUUCUGGAUUUUUCCAGAAUGAUAAUGCUAAAGAGGCAUUAAGUAUCUUGGAUGACAUGUUACUGGAGGGAGUGAAGAUGGAUUCAGUGACCGUUGCUACUAUACUCUCAGUUUGUGCGCAACUGAAUGACUUAUUAAGGGGGAUGUUGAUCCAUUUAUUUGUCAUAAAACAUGGUUUGGAGUUUAAUGUAUUUGUUUCCAAUGCCUUGAUUAAUAUGUAUGCCAAAUUUGGUGAAUUAAAAUGUGUCCUAAACGUCUUUGACCAUAUGAGUGUCAGAGAUAUAGUGUCAUGGAACUCCAUAAUUGCAGCAUAUGAGCAAAAUAAUCACCCAUAUGUUGCAAUCAAGUUCUUCCAUCGGAUGCAAGCGAAUAAAGUUCAACCAGAUUUGCUAACUGUAGUCAGCUUGUCUUCCUGUGUUGCUCAAAUGAAGGACCCUUUAUGGGUUAAAUCUGUUCAUGGAUUCAUCACAAGGAAGUGUUGGAUCACAGAAGAUAUAGUGAUUGGAAAUGGUGUUAUUGACAUGUAUGCCAAAUUAGGUAUUACUGAUUCUGCACGGAGGGUUUUUGAGAGGCUUUCUUAUAAAGAUGUGAUCUCGUGGAAUACAAUGAUCACGGGCUAUGCUCAAAAUGGUCUUGCUGCUGAUGCUGUUGAGGUAUACAAUUGGAUGAAAGAAAAUGAGGAUUUGAAACCUAACCAAGGAACACGGGUCGCCAUUUUACUGGCAUAUUCUCAUCUUGGAGCUUUGAAAGAUGGAAUGAAAAUCCAUGGUGAGGUGCUCAAGGAAAACCUUGAGUUGGAUGUCUUUGUCGGUACUUGUCUUGUUGACCUGUAUGGGAAAUGUGGGAGGUUGAGUGAAGCGAUAUCCUUAUUUUAUCAGGUAUCUAGGGAAACCUCUGUACCUUGGAAUACCAUUAUCUCAUGUCAUGGACUUCAUGGACUUGGAGAGAAAUCAUUGAAAUUCUUUGAGGAAAUGUUAAACGAAGGAGUGAAGCCAGAUCACGUGACCUUUUUAUCUUUAUUGAAUGCUUGUAGCCAUUCCGGUUUGGUUGAUGAGGGAAAAUGGUGUUUUCAAGUGAUGCAGCAAGAAUACAAAAUGAUGCCUACUUUGAAGCACUAUGGUUGUAUGGUAGACAUGUUUGGUAGGGCUGGACUUUUAGAAACUGCAUAUAACUUCAUUGAGAGCAUGCCUAUGAAACCUGACGCAUCCGUAUGGGGAGCUCUGCUUGGCGCUUGCAGAAUCCAUGGAAAUGUGGAGAUGGGUAGAAAAGCCUCGAGUCACUUGUUUGAACUUGAUUCACAAGAUGCUGGACACUAUAUUUUGCUGUCAAAUCUUUAUGCAAACUUUGGACGAUGGGAAGGGGUGAAUGAAGUGAGAUCACUGGCUCGGGAUAGAGGCUUGUGGAAGACUCCAGGGUGGAGCUCAAUUGAACUGAAUAACAAGAUAGAAGUCUUUUAUUCUGGCAAUCAGUCUCACCCACAGUAUGAAAAGAUACUUGAAGAACUAGGAAAAAUAAAUGCUAAGAUAAAAGGCCUUGGUUAUACCCCCGACACUAGUUUUGUACUACAGGACGUUGAAGUGGAUGAGAAAGAAAAUAUCCUUGCACACCACAGCGAAAGAUUGGCUAUUAUCUUUGGCAUUCUCAACACACCACCUAAAACUUGUAUUAGGAUAUACAAGAAUCUGCGUGUAUGUGGGGACUGUCAUAGUUUCACAAAGCUCAUAUCAAAACUCACAGAAAGAGAGAUUAUCGUGAGGGAUUCUAAUCGUUUCCACCACUUCAAAGAUGGGCUUUGUUCCUGUGGUGAUUAUUGGUGACAUGUUGAAUAGCUGUCUGAAUUGAAAAUCUCCAUUGAUAUCGUUAUCUGUUCAAGAAGACGAGAAGUUCCCGAUGUAUCAUGUAAGGGGGAUGCAUGUGCAAGGCUUAGCCUAUUUUGGUGCUCUGUCUAUUGAAAUGAGGUACUUUUUCAAACUAAUUUCUAGUUCAUGCUGGUGCGACUUAUCUUUAGCAGUUAAGUAAUUAAGUUAGCCAAGUACACCGUUGAUAUAUAUGUAGCUGCUUUACUCAUCUGAUCCCCUAGCAGCUGUUAUAGUUGCUUCAAAAUUUUGUUGUGGGGGAAAUUCCUUGAUCUCAAUAAGCCUGCUGCUGUUUCAAGCUAACCCUCAUAUUUGUCCUUCUUCUUCAUCAGUCCAUGUUGCACCUAACUCCACUAGGGUUUCUGGUUGUGUAUUAUAUACUGAGUUUUAUCUAUGCAAUUAUCUUCAAGAGAAUUUGUGAAUACUUCUUGAUAUUUACUGCCUAUUUUGAUUUGUUGUUUAUCCUUUCUUACAAUUCAACUUUUAGCCUCUCUUUUUGGUUAAACUACAUAUGUGAUUCUUGUGUGUGUUUCUGGUUAUGAACCUUUUAACAUUAAGGAAACAACAUAGUAUCAUAUUAGCUUUCAAUUACAGAACGAUUUGAAUUUAACCAAUCGAAACAAGUUCCACAAUUUACAUUACUUAAGAAAACCUCAUCAGUGAAUGUCUCUUUGAUAAAGCAUUAACACAUAUCCAUCCUAUUUGAAUCUGAAUCGUGAGGAAGGUAAAUCAUCCUUGUCAUGGAUCUUGAUCAUCAUAGCCCUCAUCCUCAAAAUACUGAAAAAAAGCAAAGAUCUACAUGUCAAUUUCAACCAUGCACCUUAAAAGAAAAUGCUCUGAUAAUGUCAUAUUUAGGUAAAAGGGUUUAUACAAUCCCUCAUCAGAAUAAAAACUUCCACUAGAUGAUGACUUUAAAGCAAUGCAGAUAACUUGAAGAGUGUAGUUUCCCAUAUCUUUUUGUUCCUCUCGUAUCAGCUCAGCUGACUCCACUAAAGACUUCUUCGCAUAACCCUUAAUCUCUAUCAAUUCAAGAGGUGGAAUUUCUCCAAUAUCAUUUGGAAUCUCAUUGAGAAAACUACAAGAAUAAAGCAGCAGGCGUUUGAGCCUCGGGAAAUGGAUGCUUUCAGUGAUCAAAUGCUCAAACCUCGAAUCUUCAACCAGAAGAACUUCUAAGUCUGGAAAUGCUCCUUCCCUUGUCUCCCAUGUGCCGCCAUCACAAGUACAACCUUUUAGUUUAAGUACUUGAAGAUUUGGCAAUGAACCAACAACAACUAUGUCGUUCCAAGGGAAUUUCAGCGCCUUCAAAGUCAGCUUCUUCAGCAUACUUGGAAAAGUGAACCUAUAGUAUUUUGGCCGAGAUCGUACACAAUGGCCUGCAUAUAUUUCCAAAUUCUCAAGUUUAUGCAGAUGUCCCAAAUCAUCCAAACAAGCUGGAGCUCCACUAUGAACACGGCCUGAACAAUCAAUCUUCAACUUAUUCAGGUUUGGAAUCAUUUUCAGGACCCUUUCACGGCAACUCCAAUGAGAUACAUAGGACAGCGUUUGUAGGCUUUCUAGAGAACAAGCUACUUCAUUUGGAUCAUGAAAAUGAAUUGUACCAUAAAAGUAAACAUGUCUUAACUGUGGCAUGCCCCAACUCAACCAGAUAUCAUAAGCUUUGGCAAAGCCGUGCUUGGUUUGCUCACGAAUGAUCAAAGUUUGCAGAUUUUGAAGCUUUGAUAAGGUUGUAGGAAUGCCAUGAACAAAUCUAAUGUCAAGAUAUCUUAAAUGGAAGAGCUCAUACAAUUGAGCUGGAAAUGGUGAGCAUUCCACAUCAACUACUUCUGCAUCAAACACUCUCAGCAAUCUGACUCUCUUGAGACACUCCAGAUUUACCAAACGGUAUGUGGAGCAUUUGAUGGAAUGGAUGGUUGAGCCAUCACAUCUCGAAAGAAAUCCCUCAUCAGAUCGUGGAGACGACAACUUUUGACUCCGCCAUUACAUUUCCUCUUUGUGAUCAAAACAAGGUUUCUCUUGACGAGAUCCUCCAAGCACUCUUCUCCCACCUUUUCAAAGGAUUCAGAGUCUAUUGGAUAUCUCACAAAGCCCUCAGCGACCCAUAAUUUGAUGAGUUUCUGUGCCUGGAUCUCAUGAUCUUCCGGAAAGGAUCCCAUGUACAAGAAACAUGGCCUCAAAUAUUGAGGUAAGUGGACAUAGCUCAAAGAUAGUAUAUCUCCAAUCUGUCCAUGUUCCACAGUAUCUGCAAGUUUCACAUUCUCAGCAAUGUUCUUCCACGAAGCUCGAUCCCGCCUGGCUGUGGAUAGAAGUCCAGCAAUCACCACAAUAGCAAGAGGCAACCCUUUGCACCUUCCUGCAAUCUCCUUCCCAAUGCUUUCCAAUUCGCGAGGAAAAUCUUCAUCUGCAAACACCUUCUGCUUCAAAUGAUUCCAACUUUGGUCUGCAUCCAAUAAUCCCAACUCGUAGAGCUUGCACGAAGGAUCGGGGUAGGAAGCCACACCAUACAACCUUGUGGUUAGCAUGACACGGCUUCCAUUACCAUUAUCAGAUAGGGAUGACAUACAGCUUUUUGGAUGGCUCUCCACAGAUCCGGUCCUUUAGAUCCAACACAUACUCUUCCAAACAAACCAUGUCAUCUUUGUGAAUGAGAGGAGCAGUUGAAGUUGAUGAUGAGCUAUGAGCACCACGUUGAAUGCUUUUAUAUCUCGAGGUAUCUUCAAUUUCAUUCACUUCUUUAUCGAUCAAAUCAAUCUCCUUGAUCACAUUUUGCAGCUGUGCUAGUUCAUGUUUUUCACUUGGAUGGUCUUCAUCAGGAGUUGGAUAAACAUUUUCCAACGCAAGAUAUUCUAAGAUAUCUUCUGCUGCAUUUGCUAAAUCCCUCAUUCUCCCUUCCAAACUGUUGAAUUUGUCUGGAAAGUUAUCGAGGAAGUCUUGAAAGGGAGUGACAUAUUCAAGGAGAGGUGUGAUUUGUUGAUUCUCUUCAAGGGAGAUGGAAUAUAGAUUACUAUUGAGGGUUUGGUUUAUAGUGUUUGUGAGGGAGACAAGAGCUGCAUAAGCCAUCUCUGUUCAUACAGAGAAAAAAGUUGCUCAGCUUGAUUGGUGUUUCAUUUUUUUCAUACAAAGGUUGAAUGUGUGGUGUUAAGAAAAAGGGGAUAUCCACUUGAUUUGUUUAUACUACUAUUUCUUUUUAUUUCUCA